AUGACGGAGGUGCGGUCGUGCGAAUGGCCGCAUAAUGCCUUCAUGGAUGAGGUCGGGUUCCAUCAAGAGUUUGCCCAAUUUGUUGCAAAUUCCGGGUUGACCAACUUCCUCGCAGAUGAGUCUCGUCCCCGACACCAUCGCCGGACCUCCCCGCCUCACGCCGGCGCCCCGCCGCCACAUCGACGCUGGCGCCACCGGAUCGCCCUUGCUGCCAUUCGCCGGGUCGCCCGCCACCUCGUCAGCGCCGCCUCCCCGCCGAACUGCGUCGUCCUCAUCCCCAUCCUCGCCGGACGCCGUCGACGCGCGCCGCCCCGCCGCUGCACCAACGCCUCGACCUCGCCGUCAUGCCCGUCCUCCUCGAGCCCGCUGCCACUCCCCUACACCGUCCGUGAGCACCUCCAUCUCUCCCCGUCCGCGUCCCCCGUUCCGGCCACCGCGCCGUCCCGCGCCCGACGCACCCCAGGAGCGCCCCGCCCGCGGCGCGCACCGCCGCCCCUGACCACGCCUGACCUUUCCCCUGCUCUGCCACGCCUGCUGCCUUCCUCCGCCGGUCACCUACGCCCGCGCCCCUCGCUGCCCCGCCUCGCCGGCGUUGCUGCAGCUCGCCGGUCCCAUCGCUCGCCUCUGCCCCGCUUCCUGCGCGUCCGCUGCAUCGCCAACCUGCGCGGGCGUCGCCUCUCCCGCACGCUCGCCGCGCCCGCACGCGCUGCUCCUCCCUACUCGCCCUGUGUCACGCCGAGGAGCCUCCGCCCCUCUCGCCAUGGCCUCGCGCGCCCGUCGUCCGCCUCCGGCCGCCCUGCUGUGUGUCGGCAGCCGCGGCCCUUCCCAUGCUCCGCCCGGUCGCAGCCGCCGGAGCUCAACGCCGGCGCACUGGCGCCCGCGCCCGCCAGCCGCCCCAUGUUGCCCAGUCGGUUUAAUUAA